AUGGCUGCCGCUGAUGUGUCACACACGUGUGAGCUGUCGGACUCGGAGCAGGAGGAGUCGCUGGCCUUCCGGAGGCUUCAUAAGCUCGUCAACUCCACCCGCAAGGUGAAGAAGAAGCUGAUCAGGAUCGAGGAGGGCAGGAGGCCCGGCUCGGAAGAGUGUGUGAGUCUCGAGGCGUCUCCCCGCCGCCUGGCCGGAGACGCGGCCGCCGUUGCGUCUCUGUACGCCGACGUCAACAAGAGGCACCCCGCGGCGUCGGGGUCGGCCUCGGGGUCGGCCUCGGGGUCGGCGUGCUCCGCAGGCGGCACGGUGGACACCCUGGCGGCUGCCCUGCGCGAGCAGCUGGCCUACGACCGCGACUCGGACAGCCUGGCCACCUCCACCUCGCCCUCCCGCUCCUCCAGCAGUCUGGACACCUGCAGCAGCCACAGGACCGUGUUCAGCCACGCCGCCGCCGCGGCCAGCCUGGGCCGUCACCACGGCAACAGGCUCCUGUCGGGGGGUCGGGGGGCAGGCGGGGGCGACGGCCAGAGGCCCCCGCUGGCGCGCUCUAUGACGGACGGGGAGCUCCGACAGCGGGCCCUUAGUCCCCUCAGCCUCCCAGGGAGAACGUGUAGUUUCGGAGGAUUUGAUCUGAACAACCGCAUCCUGCACUCUUUCCACUGCGACUGUGAUUCUUCCAACAAAGAUGGAGGCGGUGCGAGGGACAACGUUAAAUCCCCAACGACGUCCCGCAUUUCUCUGGGCAAGAAGGUCAAGUCUGUGAGGGACACCAUGAGGAAGCGGAUCUCCAAGAGAUACCACUGUUCCCUCUCUGAGCAGUCCAGUCCGGACCGCCCGUCCAGCUGCCCUCAGUCCCCCCACAGGGAGCCCGGCUCCCCGGGGAAGGCCAAGCUGGGGGGGUCCGUGGAGAGCCUCCGCAGCUCCCUCAGCGGACAGAGCUCCAUGAGCGGUCAGACUGUGGGAACCACAGAUUCCUCCAACAGCAACAGGGAGACGGUGAAGUCUGAGGAUGGGGAGGAGGACGAGCUGCCGUACGGCGGGCCCUUCUGUGGGCGCGCCCUGGUGCACACCGACUUCACCCCCAGCCCCUACGACACAGACUCCCUCAAGCUGAAGAGUGGAGACAUGAUUGACGUCAUCAGCAAGCCUCCGAUGGGCACCUGGAUGGGGCUGCUGGGCGGGAAGGUGGGCACCUUUAAGUUCAUCUACGUGGACGUGGUGAGCGAGGAGCCGGAGGCCAAGCCCAAGAAAAACCGUAGGAGGAGGAAGAACCGCCAGCCUAAGCCCACCUCCGUCGACGAGCUCCUGGACCGCAUCAACCUCAAGGAGCACCUCCCCACCUUCCUGUUCAACGGCUACGAGGACCUGGACACCUUCCAGCUGCUGGAGGAGGAGGACCUGGACGAGCUGAACAUACGGGACCCCCAGCACCGCGCGGUGCUGCUCACCGCCGUGGAGCUGCUGCAGGAGUACGACGGCAGUAGUGACCCGGAGCAAAGCGGCCAAUCUGGGGACAAGGAGCUCCUAGAGAGGCGUGGCCUACUGGCGGACUCUCCGCGGGACUCGGGCUGCUACGAGAGCAACGAGAACCUGGCCAACGGACGGGACCGACGGACGUCUUCCAUCAGCAGGUCUUCCUCUGGCUUUGAGUCCAGCCAUCUCCUGUCCCCAGAGACCCCCAUCCACCCCCUGGUGCCGCCCCACCCCUCCUGCCCAAGUAAAACCACCCCCGGGAGCCCCCAGGACGGAGCUCCAGACCUGCAUGGUCCCACCAGGCCUCGGCCCCUCUGCAGAGCCAUAGCAAGGAGCUGGAGCUAUGUGGAGCUAAGGGACAUUAGGAUGGAGCCAGCCCCGCCGCGGCGCUGCCUCUCCCUGGAGGACCUCCAGAACCAACCAGGACCUAGUAGCCGCCUGGAGGACCUGAAGUUAACAGAGGCUAGCACCGUCGUAGUGGAAGGGAAACGGCAAGUACGGAAUCUCCGCGGAAACACUCCUUCCUCUGGGUCGGUUAGCGUGACGUUUGUCUUGGACCAGAACCCCGUCGCCGCCAGGGAGGUGUUGGUCACCGACACCUCUGAAAGAAACACGAUCCAUCAGACAGCUAGCGCACAGCUCACACCGAACCACAAGGUGUUCCCAUCUCAUCCCGGGUCGAGAUCUGCCUCUCCAGGCCCAGGAAGACCAAACGCUGUGUCCACAGAAAGGGACAUCGAUGCCUCCUUCCCACCGGGGGCCCCUGUGGACCCCCGCCUGUCACUGGAGGGAAACAGAGAGCGGCUGGAUGUGGACCAGGUCAGAGUCCCUCAGCUGCAGUGCUCCGGGAUCACACCCGGGAACCUGGGGAGCCUAGAGUGCCUGGUGGAAGAGAGGCUGCAGACGCAGGGCAUCGACCUGACCGCUGAACCCUUCUCAGACAAGCACGGUUGCUAUGGAAUCCCUCGCUCUGUGGUCGAGAAGAUGUCUAUUGAGCUGGACCGCUCUGUGGACGAGGUCACCAUUGCCAUGGAUACAGUGAGAAUCCGCAAGCUUGGUAAUCAGUGUCGCUUGGCAGUAUCAAUAAACGGCUUGUUAUCGAUAAGUGGGUCGAACCCCGGGCCACUCUAACCCUUUAACAUGGAUACCACGAGGAGAAGACUACUGCAAGGACUGGCUGUACAAAGUUUGGAUGUGUUGUGAUACUGACAAUGGACAGUAAAGAGUCACUGGCUUCUCUUUCGGACAAAAGUUGCUGCUGUUCCGAAAUAUCGUCUUAAAUACUUUCAAAGAAUCCAUGCUACCCCUGAGAGCAGUGUAAUUGCAAUCUGAUGUCGAGAUGGUUAUGUGUGAUGGUACGGAUUAGAUGCAUUCAAGCUAUUGAUUGUCAAUAAAGUUUGUAACAACAAGGUAGAGGAAGCAAUUUUAGGGCAAUGAAGGACGCAAAUUGUAUGGCCAUCAUUUCUUAAUUUAAUACUGUUGAAAAAAAGAGCUGUGAUUACAGGGUUUGACAAUGACAACUGCCAAAAAAGGCAUCAAUUAAAUAAAAGAUUAGAAAUACAGACAUUUCUUCUUUAUUUAUUUUCUUUUUAAUUAAUAUAUUAAUCUGUGCGUUUCCUAAAGUAUUAAUACAAUGCCAAAUAUAUAUAGUGCAUGAAAUCCCCUUCAUACAUCACUUUAACAAAAUCAACCACGUUAGAGAAUUGUAGAUUCAGGUCUUCAAAGACCAGAUGGGGGGUGACACACCUUCCUCGAGGAUGCCUACAGCUUACUGCUUCGGUCUGGAAUCGAUCUCAGGACCUUUCCCCUGGCUAAAUCACUACUCAGGUCACUGCCCUGGCCCCUAUAGCACGCACAUAUGGGAGCAAGGCCUGUGUUCUCUGGA